AGCGUCAUGCGGACGUAAGUGAAAUCAUAAUUAACGAGCUAUGGGCACGCUUGGUCGUGUCGAAAGAUUCGUUGAUGGUAUCCGCUGUUGUCAGUACGAAGUAGAAAGAGUAGGAUGUGGUAUCGUACAACGUUAUGGUAUUUCUCAUGGCUGCGAUUUCAUGAGAAAGUUGUUAUAAUAAUGAAUGAAUUUUGUUGAGGGACAUGCAGUAUACUAUAUCACGCGAGUGUAGGACAAGUUAACCUAAAGCAGUGUCUGUGGCUUUGUCGAAAGUGAAGUGUAAAAGUGCGCGGGACUCGCAUUGAGAGCGAGUACCAAGAAGUCUUAGUGUCGUGGGAUAUGCACACACAUGUCAAGAUGUCGUCGGGAGGACAUAGCAGUCGUACUCGAGCUGUACACAUAGGUUCAAUAUUCCAGAAACUUCACGGUCGGUUUGCUGAUCCUAUGACACUGCCGAAACUUUCGACCGACAAGCGAAUGCUUGAUAAGACUUGGAAACUUAUGGACAAAGUAGUUAAAUUAUGUCAACAUCAAAGGAUGAAUUUAAAAAAUUCACCACCAUUCAUCCUGGACAUUCUACCAGAUACGUAUCAAAGAUUGAGACUGAUAUAUAGCAAAUAUGAAGAUAGGAUGCAGGUGUUACAUAGUAACGAACAUUUUUGUGUUUUCAUUAAUAAUCUUAUGAGAAAGUGCAAGCAAGCAAUUAAGUUGUUUAAAGAAGGCAAAGAAAAAAUGUUUGAUGAGACUUCACAUUAUCGUAGAAAUUUGACUAAACUCAGUCUUGUAUUUAGUCACAUGUUAUCCGAAUUGAAGGCCAUUUUUCCAAACGGAGUAUUUGCCGGACAUAAAUUCCGUAUUACUAAAGCAGAUGCAGCUGAAUUCUGGAAAGAAAGUUUUGGAAUCAGUACAUUGGUUCCAUGGAAAGUAUUCAAAGAUAAGUUGAACGAAGUUCAUCCAAUAAGUUCUGGAUUACAAGCCAUGGCAUUAAAAUCUACGAUAGAUCUCACAUGCAAUGAUUAUAUUUCUAAUUUUGAAUUUGACGUAUUUACGAGGUUAUUUCAACCAUGGUCUACACUUCUCCGUAAUUGGAAAAUUCUAGCUGUGACACAUCCUGGAUAUGUAGCUUUUCUAACUUAUGAUGAAGUGAAAGCACGUUUACAGAAGUAUUGUAGUACUAGACCUGGAAGUUAUGUAUUCAGAUUAAGUUGUACAAGGUUAGGACAAUGGGCUAUUGGUUAUGUCACAUCAGAUGGUGAUAUCCUUCAAACAAUACCUCACAAUAAAAGUCUUUGUCAAGCAUUGCUAGAUGGAUAUAGAGAAGGAUUUUACUUAUAUCCUGAUGGUCGUAAUAUAAAUCCAGAUUUAACAUGGGCAGUUCAACCUACUCCUGAAGAACAUAUAAAAGUAACAGCAGAACAAUAUGAAUUAUAUUGCGAAAUGGGUAGUACAUUCCAAUUAUGUAAAAUUUGUGCAGAAAAUGACAAAGAUGUGAGGAUAGAACCUUGUGGACAUCUUCUUUGUACUCCAUGUCUUACCGCUUGGCAGGAUUCUGAAGGACAGGGUUGUCCGUUUUGUCGAGCUGAAAUUAAAGGAACUGAACAAAUAGUAAUUGAUCCGUUUGAUCCACGAAGAACACAUCGACCAGGAACGCAAUCGGCAUCUGCUAGUAAUGCAUCAACUCCUACGCGGGACCUUGACCCGGACACCGAGGAAAUCAUGGAUUUGUGUAACGGACAUUGUGGACUAAUGUGUUACGACUCAGACGAAGAAGAAGAUUCUAGUCCAACAAAUUCACCAAUUUCAACGCGAAGAAUUGUACCAAGUCCACCACUACCUCCUCGACGACCUUCUCCAUCACCCACGCCGAAUAGUCAUUCAAGAAAUGGUCGUCAUUUGACUGUUCCGAAAGAGAAUGCUCCACCACCGCCGUCAUCAACAAUCAAUUCAACAGCAUUCAAUUCUAAUACCGACAAUCAACAAAACAAUAAUAUAAACUCUGAAGCAGGAUACGAUAUGCUACAUCGGGCCUCUUCACCUUCUCCAGUUCCAUUGAUACCUCCACUUACAAUGGCCAGAACUCAUAUUCGUCGAUCACAAGGAAAUCACUUAAUCACAUCACAACCACAACUACCGCCAACAUUACCUGAAAAGCCGAGCCGUGCCAGCGGAUCUUCGACAACGCUCUCUCAAAUUGCGUCUAGCAAUAAUGUACCACCAGUUCCGCCUCCAUUAUCAGUACCACGACCGCCGAAAACAGUCAAUAAAGAACAUAACAGGCACGACCAUCAUUACGAGAACACAAUUGUGAUACCUGGUACAAGACAACAUGUCGUGAGGAACAUUAAUCUAGAAGCGAAUACAGCUCGAUUGUCCGCUCUGAUAAGAGGUAAGGACGAUCCCACAGGUUCUUCUAAACCUGAAUCCGCAGCAUAUGAGAACGUGAAUGUUGAACAUAUUUCCAAGUUAACAGCUCUAGGAUUCGCACAAGAUGCUGUAAUUAGAGCCCUCGGUAUUACUCGGAACGAUCUUGAAAUGGCUUGUGACAUACUGCACGAAUUUGCUACGAAAUCGUCUUGACCAGGAUUAAAUACCGAAGAAUCAUAACCGAUUCUAUAUAUUGUACUUUUGAUGAAUAUUAUGCGUGGAAACGCGUGAAAUUUGCUAUUGCUAAUUACUGGAAAAUAUUAUUUUUCAUCUGAAAGCUCAGACGUAUUGUAAGUCGAGCAAUAUACGUAUUGAGAAACAGAAAUUUCCUAUCCAGUUAAUCAGCAAUAUUCUUUACUGUUUUUGCAUGCAUCAUGCGUCAAUACUUUUUUAACUUUGUCACCUAACUGAAUGAUUUAUAGAAGAUAUCCUGAAAUAUCAUUGUAUUUCCUUGUUAUAUAUACUCGUAUAUACAUAUAAUUAAUACAAAUAGAAGACUGCUUAAUACUGUGAAGAUGAAAGAUGCGAAAAAUAUUACAAAUGUAAGUAAGAAUUUUGAACUUUAUAAGAAUAGUUCGCGGCCGCUGAGUACAAAGUUUUUUAUUUUCCACGAUCGAUAAGCAAAAAUCUAUUGCAUACAUAUUUCCUUAAGUAAUUUUCCACAUUUCAUGUAAAAUAAUUGUUUUUUAAACUACUUAAGGCAUUUUUAAAGAAAAAAAUUCAUAUACAAUUACAUAAUAUUGUACAGUGGCCAAAUUUAUUAAUAAGCUAAUUGAAACAAUUCUUCUCUUUUUGACAAAAUCUAUUUCUCUUUCUUGUUGCUUUAGAAAAGAAAUACUCAGAUCAAAUUUUUACAAAAUAUUUAAAAUAAUACCUCAUAUAUAUUGUAGAAAUUCGUGGAUAUACACACACAUGUAUAUUCUCUAUAUUAAUUAUAACAUAUUAUUAACUACGUACUAAAAUUAUAAUCGUUUUAAUUUGAUUCAAAAAAUUCUUGCAUAUUUCUCAUAUGCUCCGUAGGAUUGAUAUUAAUUGUACAAAAUGUUUUGUCGAUCGCAUAUAAUGAUUAGCAUAAUUUAUCAAAUGUGAUAUUUUAUUUUUUAAUAAUUAUCAACUAUACUGAAUAGAUCUAUCGAUAUAUAUUCUGAAAAAUGAAAUUUAUAAAUUGAUAUUUAAUUAUGUUUAAAAAAAAUGAAAAAAGAUAAACAUAUUAGAUAAAUUUAUUUUAGAACAAUUUUUAAUAAUUUUUAUUUGAAUAAUUUAAAAUAAAUUCAAAGUAAAAAUACUCGUAAUUUUAAAAUUUCUAUAAAAUUCAACAAAAAUUCUUUAUAAUUCUAUGAUUUUUCUUAUUAAUUCUAAGUACUUUAAUAAUUGCUUAGCAAAAAAUUUACAAUAUAUACAUAUAGAUAUUUUAUUUUCAUGAAAUAAAUUUGAACCGGAAAGAAAACCGGUAUAUUCUUCAAUACGUUAAAUAAAUUGCAUUAGAAUCAAUUCUACCUCGCGAUCAUACCAAAGGAAUGUUAUUCUGUAAUUAAAUAAAAUAGUAUGUUAUUUUAGAGUCUAGAAUUUAGACUACAUAUAUAUAUAUAUAUAUAUAUAUGAAGAGUGCAAUUAAAAUAUUUAAAAACAUUUUAGAGCACAAGUCAUAAUGUUGCACUUACAAAAUGAAAAAUUACAAAUAAUCUUGUAUUGUAAAUAAUCGUUUAAGUGCGAUUUGUUAUUUAGAGUGCUCGAGUGUUGUUUGAACUUAUAAAUUGAUCAUAUUUAAUGAAAAUAAAUGUUUUAUUUAGUUUAUUAAUGAUUGCAUAAAUUAAUUAUUCAAUUCCGAUUAUUGCAAUUUGCAAAAAAAAGCUUUAUUGAGUUAUUAUUCUUUAUUACAAAAUUUCAUAAUUUGAUAAAUUUAGAUACUAUUUUCCUGUAUUUUUUCUAGUUUUUCUUUUUGAUUGGUAUAUUAUAACGUAUCGUUAAUAAGUAAAAUAUCUUGAAAAUCCAAAAAUAUAUCUAUUACAUUUUUUGCCAUAUAAUAGCAUGCAAGAUUAAUUAUUUGGUGCAAUAUCUAGAAUAGAAUGUAGUUAUCCUAGAUUGAAUUAUUGUAAAAAUUGUUUUGCAUUUUUCUCCAAAUAAAUUAACAUGUCAUUUAUAAAACUAGAAAAUAUUCAAUAUGCUUGAGAUAUAAUUAAGUAUAUCACGAUACCGAAGAUAAUUCUAUCUCCAUUCUUUUGUAUUUUUCGGCUUCUUGUUUACUAACCGAAGGUAUCAAAUCGUAUGCUGCUUUUGAAAAAUCUUCUAAUUCUACGACAACAUAUUCGUUUAAUUUAACAUCUUUAGAACUAUUUUGAUAAUUGUUUAAAAUUUUACGUGCUGCAUUUAACCAUGCAUUUGAACAAACAGAAUAUAAAUCAGCACCAGUUGUAUGAUUAGGCAAUUGAGAUAUAAACUUCUCUAAUUCUUUUCCAUUUUCACGGAAUUUAAAUUUACGAGUUAAUGCCUUUAAUACAUUAAAUUGCGAAUCACGAUCACAAUGAAUCCCUACAUAUAAUAAUUUAUCGAAUCGACCAGGUCGAAGAAGGGCAGGAUCAAUGAGAUCUGGUCUGUUUGUAGCUCCUAUUAUAAAUACAUUAUUUGAAUAGUCAAGACCAUCCAUUUCUGCGAGCAAUUGAGAUACCACACGAUCCAUUACACCUCCGCUAUCACCACUUCGUCCACGAUUAGGUGCUAAUGAAUCCAAUUCGUCAAAAAAUAUUAUACAUGGCACUGCUGCUCUUGCUCGUUCGAACACUACGAUAUUGUAUUUUUUAUUUUUAAGAUAUAUAUUUAAUAUAUAUUUCAUUAUC